UCCAAGGAAAAGUGUUGCCUCCCAACAUCAAUUACAAUAAACCCGUCCUCCGUACACUACGAAGUUGUUGCCUCUUUCGUUCAAAAGAGCAGCACGACCAGUCUACAGUAAAACAAAAUUUGUUUUCCGAAACCAAAACCGUAGCCCCUUUUUUUCUGAUCCGGCGUUGCGAGACGUUAGGCUCAGUUUAAAACCACCUCUUUCUCAAGUUUGCCAACUUCUUUUCACCCGACACCUCAAAAUGGGUUGCGGUGCCUCCAAGGAUGGUGCGGCCGCUCCGGCCGGCGCUGCCGCCCCGGCGAAGGCCGUCUCCGCCAAGGCCAAGCCGGCGACCAACGACCCCAACUACCCGCCGAUGGGUCUGGCCCCCACCGUGCAGGGCCUGCCGGACUGGAUCAAGCUCGGCUGCGCCGACAAGGAGUACAUCUGCGAGGAGAAGGGUGCCACCUUCCCCGGUGACAAGUGCCCGGACAAACUGCCGGAUCUGUCCAACCACGGCAACUUGUGCGCCAUGGCUCUGCGGGACCACCCGGAAAUCUACGAGAAGUACAAAUGCGUUUUUGUUUGUCUGAAUUUUGUUCAAUGUCACCGAGCCGAAAUUUAGAAUAUCAUCAAGCGCGUUCGUAGUUGUGCAGCGAGGGUGUGUAGUUUUUCUUUUCUCCCUAAACCUAAACUUCCACCAUCACAACCAGGUACAAGAACGUGACCACCAAAGGCGGUGUGUCCCUCGCCAAGUGCAUCAAGACCGGUAUCGACAACCCGGGGCACCCGCACAUCCUGACCUGCGGUUUGGUCGCCGGUGACGAGGAGUGCUACACCACCUUCAAGGACCUGUUCGACAUCGUCGUCGGAAAGCGCAACGGCAACUAUGCCCCGGAUGCCAAGCACGUCUCCGACAUGGACGUGAACAAGCUGUCCACCACCAAAAUCGACCCCACCGGCAAAUACUGUAUUGCUAUUUUCGUUUUUGUAAAAAGCGAUUUUUUAAAUAAAACAAAAAAUUAUGAUGCAUACGCGACAUAAUCUUGAUUUCAGUGAAUUUGGAAGAUGAAUGUACCGCCCCAAGUCAUCUGAUGAAGUAAUCUGAAGUGCUGCGGUUUUCUUCGAAAAGAAAAAGUGAAGUUUCAAUAUCAAUUUCUAUUCAGGCCUGACCACCCGGUGCCGCACCGGUCGUUCCGUCCGCGGUUUGCCGCUGCCGCCGGCGUGCUCGUUCGAGCAGCGUCGUGAGACCGAGCGCGUAUGCGUGAAGGGCUUGAUGAAGAUGGAAGGUGAGUUGAAGGGUCAGUACUUCCCGCUGAACGGAUCCAAGUCCAUGGAGCCGGAGUUCGUUGGCAUGACCCACGAGAAGGAGGAGAAGUUGCGCAAGGGCGGCAACCUGUUCCAGGAGCCGGACUCCACCCUGCUGCUGUCCUCCGGCUGCGGCCGCCACUGGCCGGAUGCCCGUGGUAUCUUCCACAACGACGCGGAGAACUUCUUCGUCUGGGUCAACGAGGAGGAUCAGCUGCGCAUCGUGUCCAUGGAGAAGGGUGACAACAUCCGCGCCAUCUUCACCCGCUUCGCCAACGCCACCAAGGCCGUCGAGAAGUGCCUGAAGGAGGAAGGCUACGGCUUCAUGCACAACGACCACUUGGGAUAGUAUUAACUUGGUUUGUCAUCUUUGUUCAAUUUGGGUGUGUUUGUACCUGUAGAGGAGAUUAUCGCACCAUGUCUAGUCUCAUCUUGUUUCUUUGGCACGAAAGAAGCAGAGCCGUCGGUUUUAUUUUUAACUUCAAUUUUUAUGGAGACCUUGCCGUUCGGAACUUUCGAUGAACAACAUUAAGAAAAUCUAAAUCGCAAAACUCAAAACAGCAUCCUGACGUGCCCGUCCAACUUGGGUACGGGUCUCCGCGCCGGAACGAUGGUCAAGCUGCCUUUGUUCUCCGCCCGCCCGGACUUCAAGGACAUCAUGAAGAAGAUGAAGCUGCAGGCCCGCGGUACCGCCGGCGUCGACUCCGCCUCCACUGGCGGCACCUGGGAUAUCUCCAACGCCGAUCGCCUGGGCAUGUCCGAAGUGCAGUUGUGCAACUUGUUCAUCGAGGGUGUCGCCCAGGUCAUCCGGUGGGAGCAGGCUCUGGAAGAGGGCAAGGACAUCGAGGCGGAAGUUGCCGCCGCCAAGCCGCUGGGCUUGGAUGUUGGGGUAAGUUACUUGCGACAUUCUUUCUUUCCAAUUUAGGUGGACGUAGCCUAUCUUUGUCUACUUAGCGGGAGUUUGCAGAUUUCGACCUCGGCAAGUCUGUCAGUGCUCUCGGUGUCUGCUUCGGGUCGGGGUACUAGUAUGUGCUUAAAAAGUUACAAUUCCAAUCGCGUCAUCAAACCAAUUCAACACACAGUCCUACCCGCCGCUGGCCCUCGCCCCGAUUGUGUACGAGCUGCCCGACUGGAUCAAGGUUGGCUGCGGUGCCGCCGAGUACUACUGCCCGGAAAAGGGUGCCACGUUCCCCGGUGACAAGUGCCCGGACACCCUGCCGGAUCUGUCCAAGCACGGAAACCUGUGCGCCAUGGCCCUGCGUGAUCACCCGGAAAUCUACGAAAAGUACUACAGAUGCUUUUUUUUGUGUGAAGUGUGAGGCUCAGCCCAUCUAAAUUUCGAACACCCUCAAUCGCAUACUGCAUGAUUUUCAAGGGCGUGCUUUUUGAUUGCAGAAGCAAAAUGCUUCUUCUAAUAAAGUUCUAAAAAAUCCACCGUGACAGGUACAAAAACGUGGUCACCCCGGGUGGCGUGUCCUUGGCCAAGUGCAUCAAGACCGGCAUCGACAACCCCGGACACCCGCACAUCUUGACCUGCGGUUUGGUCGCCGGUGACGAGGACUGCUUCACCACGUUCAAGGACCUGUUCGACAUUGUGAUCGGCAAGCGCAACGGUGACUACCCGGCCGAUGCGGUUCACACCACCAACAUGAACCUCGAUGAUCUGUCCACCACCAAGAUCGAUCCCACCGGCAACUACUGUAUCCAUUAGUCAUUUUCUCGAGUUAUAUUUUUUCUCACCCUGUGGAAGCUGGAUGAGACAUGCAAAAAAUCUUGUCUGUGGCAGAGUGCGCUGUUGCUCUCCCAUGUCGUGAAUCCCAACUGACAGACAAAACCUAAAACAGGCUUGACGACCCGCUGCCGCACUGGUCGUUCCGUCCGCGGCCUGCCGCUCCCCCCGGCGUGCAGCUUCGAGCAGCGUCGUGAGACCGAGCGUGUGUGCGUCAAGGGUCUGAUGAAGAUGGAGGGUGAGUUGAAAGGUCAGUACUUCCCGCUGAACGGAUCCAAGUCCAUGGAGGACCAGGGCAUCAUGGGCAUGACCCCCGAGAAGGAAGAAUCCCUGCGCAAGAACGGCAACUUGUUCCAGGAGCCGGACUCCACCCUGCUGCUGUCCUCCGGCUGCGGUCGCCACUGGCCCGAUGCCCGUGGUAUCUACCACAACGACGCGGAGAACUUCUUCGUCUGGGUCAACGAGGAGGAUCAGCUGCGCAUCGUCUCCAUGGAAAAGGGUACAAAAGCAUUUGAUUCACGCGUGCUUCGAAACGACCUCUGCUUCGCAUCAGUAUUUUGUCCGCCUUGACGGGUUUUGCUCUACUCAAAGAUAGGACGACACUCGUUUUGCAAAUCUUUUUCCACUGACGCUUACAUCAAGUGCAAAAAUGAUGUUUUGCACCGAUAUAAAAUUUAGGUGAUGAUAUCCGCGCCAUCUUCACCCGGUUCGCCAACGCCACCCAGGCCGUGCAGGAGUGCUUGCAGUCCGAGGGUUACGACUUCAUGCACAGCGACCACUUGGGUUACAUCUUGACCUGCCCGUCCAACUUGGGAACGGGUCUCCGCGCCGGAACCAUGGUCAAGCUCCCGCUGUUCUCCGCCCGCAAGGACUUCAAGGACGUCCUGAAGAAGAUGAAGCUGCAGGCCCGCGGUACCGCCGGUGUCGACUCCGCCUCCACCGGCGGCACCUGGGACAUCUCCAACGCCGAUCGCCUGGGUAUGUCCGAAGUGCAGCUCUGCAACCUGUUCAUCGAGGGCGUAGCGCAGGUCAUCCGAUGGGAACAGGCCUUGGAGAAGGGUGAGGACAUCGAGGCCGAGCUCGCCGAUGCCAAGCCGUUGGGUGUGUAAGUCGAAAAAGUGAUCUGAUUACUUGGAGUUAAACUACACGAACAACAACAAAAUCAAUUUGGAAACAAAAAACAACAUCACAAAUUACGAAGUAAAAAUGUAUGAUAUUAAAACCUAAAUGCGACGAGGAGACUACAACAUCAACUCGAAGACAAAAAUAUCUCAGUCGCACAGCCCAAUCAGAUUACCAUUUACGAAUUUUUUCGAAUAGAAGCUCUGGUCAACCUGUAGAAAGAGAAGAAAUCUUUUUGGAACUUGCCACUCUUUGGAAAUCAGCUGAGUUUAUGAUGCUUUGUCUUCAGCGCCUUAAUCCGUGUUGACGGCAUUGCUUCAUUCAGUACUUCAUCUGCUAGUACACCAAUUUCUUUCGAGUGGUUUGUUUUACGAUUUUUUACCUCGUUGUGCAGUUGAGAUGCGCGUGGAUCAAGACUGUUACGACUCCAUCUCAGAAUCAGACACGAUUUUAUCAAAAUCAUAAAUAGGUUUCGCAAAUAGAAUGCAUAGGAAAAAAUAAAUCCGAUGUACACACUAAACGGGAUAAUUUUCGAAGAGAAUACGUCAGUUGUAGUUAUUCUCUCUCUCAGUUCUACCCAAAAUUGUUUUCUUAUUCUUCACGCGCUUCUGUAUCGGUUCUAUUUUUCGUUUGCCGCAACAAGAUUUGCAAAUUUCACGCUCCUGCCAGGCACCAUUUUAGUGCGACGCGAAAUAUACUUAGAAGCUGGCUCUGGAGUUUUUGUUUACCUUAGUGGACAAAUCGCAGGCCUUUACUUGGGUGCGUGUUGAAUCAGGUACAAUAUAUAACGAUCUCGACCAUUAUUUGAGCACUACCCGAGAUUUUCAAGUUUGCACAGUAUCACACUUUUGGGAACCCACGAUUAACAUUUAUUCUUGUCAUAGGACCAAGCUGGAAAAGGGUUUGUUUGCCUAAGUUUUUAACCAGCUUUUGGUUACCAACUGGCUCAUGCAGCUCUCUUUCGGUGCUGGUCUCUUCGCAGUGUCACCACCCCCUUUUGAACAAAUUUGUCGUAGCUCUCGUACUUUUGAUAGCAGUAUUCUUGAGCGGCAUUUCAGAUGACGAGGUUGCUUCUUGCAACCCGACACGGAGAUUGCGAAUAUUGCAGCGGCCUUCAAAUAGAUAGGAGCUCGGCGAAGAAUGUUUGACCCCCGGAAUCGUUUGAAAUUGAAAUAUUUGUCAUAACAGCGUCCCUAUCUUCCCCGGGACUUUGCGAAU